AAUCGCAGCGGAGAAAAGCGCUCCACGAGUCCACCCACAAUUCUCUUGACACCACACGCCUUAUGAGCAAGUAUCUAAAGUAUAUAUACCAGAGAGGCAGAACCCUAUCUCAAGUAUGUUCUUCGUGAUCUAGCCUGACGAUAAUCAUCAUGUACGACGCCAUCGUGGUGGGAGCCGGCUUGGCUGGCUUGCAAGCAGCACUCGACCUACAGCGUCAGGGACUUUCAGCAUUGGUCCUCGAAGCACGCGAUCGUGUAGGCGGCAGAACGCUGACAAUCCGCUCAAGCGAUGGCAAGCCCAAAGCAGAGGCCGGAGCCGCUUGGAUCAAUGACACCAAUCAGAGCGAAAUGUGGAAGCUUGCUAAGGAACUGGGACUGCACACGUAUACGCAAAAUACCAGCGGCAAUGUCGUGGUCCAGGACUUCGAUGGCAGUUUGGUGAAGUUCCCGUAUGGAGAGAUCCCGGAAUAUCCAUCGGCUCAAGAUACUGAAUCAUGUGUCGCUAUCCGAGAUCUGGUCGAGAAAUUGUCUAACCAGGACUUUGCUUCAGUGUCUUCGGCAGGCUCUGUCCGUUCACAUCUGGACUCUAUUUCCUUCGAGAAGUUCCUGGAGGAACAGAACUUGACUCCCAAAGCCCGUGCAACGGCAGGCAUCUGGACGCAUGCUAUGCUUGGGGUUGAUCCGUCGGAAACGUCGGCAUUAUACUUCAUCGAGUACUGCGCUGCUGGUGGAGGUCUCAUGACGAUGCGAUCGGACUGCAAGGAUGGAGGGCAGUAUCUUCGCAUUCGGGAAGGAACGCAAGCAUUCUCCUUGGGCAUGGCGGCGAAGCUGAAACCGGAGUCACUCAAAUUGAAAAGUCCCGUGGCUAGCAUCACCCAGAAGCCCGACGGCACAGUCUCUGUGUCGACCAAAGCUGCCCAGAUAUAUCAGGCGCGCAAGGUCAUCAUCUCGAUCCCCACGCCCGUGUAUAAGACCAUUACAUUUUCACCACCUCUUCCCGCAGCCAAAAAGGCUGUGGUCAACAGGACCAGGUAUGGAUUCUACACCAAAUAUAUGGUCAUAUUCAGCAAACCCUUCUGGACGGAGAAGGGUUCUUGCGGUCUGGCGCAGUCAUUCACAGGCCCUGUAUCCGUUAUACGUGACACCAGCCUCGGCGACCAUGGAUACACUUUAACAUGUUUCAUCGGAGGACAAUUUGGGCGAAAAUGGGCCUCGUUGGAACCCGCAGCCAAGCAGUCGUCAGUAUUGAAACAGAUCGGUGAUAUGCUCGCAGACGGUGCAGAUAUUACGUCGCUCUUCGUCGAGGCGGUUGAAUCACCGUGGAUGGACGAGGAGUACUCAGGUUGGGGUUGCCCAUGCGCUUCCAUGCCGCCCGGAGUAUUGGGCGAUGGAUGGGACGCUCUUUGUGCGCCAUUUGGCAGCUUGAAAUUUGUGGGCACUGAGUUCAGUACUGUCUGGCGAGGUUAUAUGGAAGGAGCAAUUCGUACAGGACAAAGAGGCGCUGCAGAAGUCAUCAACGAGUUGAAGAGCGCGAAGGCAAGCCUGUAGAUGGGGUGAAGAUUAGGAAUGUGAACUAACAAACCUCUUUUGCUUGACUGGGGCUCGGAUCUUGAGACGACCUCUCCUGUCAUUGCCGGUUGCAGGUGCAUCGGGAUGGUCUGUCGGCCUGACAGACCAGCAGACAAAAAGAGGUAGAAAUGAGAAGGGGAACAUUGGACGCGAGUUGAGACACAACACCAAGAUAAAUUCAUAGCCCAAAUUUGUUACGGGCAGAGAAAUAGACAUGUUUCACCGACAU